GGAUGGGUUACAGUUCGUCUUGUAAAUAUUCUACAGGACUCACAGUUCAGGUGACACUUCAACAUGAAGAAACAUGUGAAAUUCCUUGAGAACAACAGCAACAAAAGUGGUCUGUACCAUAAAACGUCUUUAUUGCCAUUAAGGUCUUCUGGGCUCAACCAUGUGGAUGGUGACAAAACAAACCCAAAAUUUGGACAUGGAAUGCAGAAAGCAACUGUUAAAGUGGCAGAACAGAAUCGUGACAUGAGAACUAUUCAGAUCCCGAAGACCAUGACUGCUGCUCCAUUUUUACAGCAUCCAGGCUUGACACCAGGACAGAAGCGCUUUCUGUACAGUAUUGCAGAGGCCUACAGCACGGAUCAAAUGCGGCAGCUAAUAUGUCAACAUUACAUGAAUGUAUUACACCGGUGUAUCAGGACAGACUUGAAAGUAAAUGUGAAACAGCCGAGGUCAAUAUACGCCCCAGAAGUGGAAUACAUCACAAACCCUCAAACUACAACUUGCAAGACAAAAGAAAGUGGAAAGAGAUAUUUGACUGCAGAAAAAGUCAAGAAAACAACUUUCCCAAAAAUCAUCGAUCAUCAAAGAGUGUCUAUGAGAUUGCAAAAAUCGAUUACAGUACAAUCAAGAACAAGAAGAAUGAAAAGUAAGACUACUUUGGCAAAACAUGCCCCUUUACAGGGAUCACACCUAUCGGAUGUUGACAUGGAAUGGGAAGUGACUGAUGUGGAUACUUAUCUCUCUGGACAAAUGAGCGGCCUGGCUUUCAAUGAUUCGAGGAAGAGGACUUCCUAUUCCCUAUCUAAAAUACGUUUGAUAUAUGCUUUACAAAUUGAUGAAAAUUCACACACACCUAAGAAUUAUAAUGCAGUUCUAAGUGAAAGGCUGAUCCAUACAUUUUAA